CGCAUGACAUGCAUGAAACAUCGUAUGAGAAUCGGUAUGGUGGUGAAGACUCGUCCCCGCAAGCGUAAGCAUGGGAUUAGAGACUAGUGGAUAACGCCAUAUAGCGACAGUUAUGAGUAUACAGUAGUCAUAUGUAUACAGUAGUCAAGUAUCCUCGCAGCGAACGCAGCCAAUGGACAGCAUGCAGCUGCUGCAACACCGCAACACUACCUUUUUUCGCACAAUGUCUCUGCCUUCAUUGUCGCGUCAAGCCGCUACAGCUACAGCUGCAGCCAUUGCGGCCAGCGCGCUGGUGAUAGGCUCGGCGUGGGCUACUUGGGCUGAUAAUGCACGCGUUUGCAAGCAUCGCCGGGAUAUGGACAACGCGCGGGCCAAAUACAAGUUGAAGGACACCUCCGGAGCCAACACUACAGCCGUCAUCUGCAACGCUCAGGGGCUAAAGCUCUUUGUUCGGCACUGGCAUCCAAAACCGGGCGGCAAGUCCGGUGUUCGGGGUGUGGUGGUGAUGGUGCACGGCCUGACCAUGCACUCGGGCGCGUUUAGCCGCGUGGCGAUGCAGCUCGUGGCACAGGGCCUGGCGGUUGUGUCGUACGACCAGCAAGGUCACGGCCUCUCGGACUGCUUUCAAGGCCUGAGGGGCUACGUACGGCAGUUC